AUGGUAGAACUUGAACUCGAUGCAGGCGAAUAUGCGGUACGCGAAGGUGAAUAAUUAUACGGUGCCGGACUAUGACAGAACGAAAGAAGAUUCGUGGAUUAUAUACCAGGAUUGGAAGUAUACAUAUUAUUUAAAAAAUAUAUACAUCAGUCAUUUAUAAUUUUUUUUUUACUGUUUGUUUUAGGUAACAAUUUGUACGGGUGGGCCUUGUCACAGUACAUGUUCCACGGCGGGAUCCAGUGUGUAAAGCCUACAUUAAACGGUUUGGAGGAUUUGGACGACACGUCACCGAUAGGGAGGGUAUACGAGGUGGAUGUAGAAUACCCGGAACACCUAUACAUGAACCACAACGAUUUGCCUUUUUUGCCGAAUAAUGAAGUACCACCAGGCUCUAAGGUGAAAAAAUUGAUGGCGACGAUGGAAGAGAAAAAAAAUUACAUCAUUCAUUACCGCAAUUUGAAGCAGGCUAUAGCUAAUGGACUGAUUGUUAAAAAG